AUGGCUGCUUUGAGUGCGACUUCACUAUGCACUCACAAGAUUUUGUGGUGUCAACCAAAACCUAGAAGAUGCUUCGUUUCUUGCUGUACGCCUUCGCCCUCCGUAAAGAGUUCACGGGGCUCCAGUGCCUCCAGAGUACCACGUAGAAGGUCUGGAAGAACAGAAGGACCUGGAAAGAGCAUGGAGGAUUCAGUUAAACGCAAGAUGGAGCAGUUUUAUGAAGGGUCCCAUGGCCCUCCAUUACGCAUAUUACCAAUUGGUGGUCUAGGAGAAAUUGGGAUGAAUUGCAUGCUUGUGGGGAAUUAUGAUCGUUACAUUUUGAUUGAUGCUGGUGUGAUGUUUCCAGACUACGAUGAGCUUGGUGUCCAGAAGAUUAUACCUGAUACCACAUUUAUCAAGAAAUGGAGCCACAAAAUUGAAGCUGUUGUUAUCACCCAUGGUCAUGAAGACCACAUUGGUGCGUUGCCUUGGGUCAUUCCGGCUCUGGAUUCUCAUACACCAAUAUUUGCUUCAUCCUUCACAAUGGAGCUUAUUAAGAAGCGAUUGAAGGAGUUUGGGAUCUUCGUCCCAUCUAGACUUAAAGUAUUUAAGACACGGAGAAAAUUUGUCGCGGGGCCAUUUGAAAUUGAACCAAUUGCGGUCACACAUUCUAUUCCUGAUUGUUCUGGGUUGGUUUUACGCUGUGCUGAUGGCAUUAUUCUUCAUACAGGGGACUGGAAGAUAGAUGAGUCACCACUGGAUGGGAGAACUUUUGACCGUGAUGCCCUAGAAGAACUCUCAAGAGAAGGAGUAUCUUUGAUGAUGAGCGAUUCAACAAAUAUACUCUCACCAGGAAGGACAAUUAGUGAGACAGUUGUUGCAGAUUCAUUGUUGAGGAAUAUUUCAGCUUGCCAAGGAAGAGUUAUUACUACUCAAUUUGCAUCAAAUAUUCAUCGCCUUGGAAGUGUGAAAGCUGCAGCUGAUUUGACUGGCAGAAAGUUGGUAUUUGUUGGUAUGUCAUUAAGGACAUAUCUAGAUGCUGCAUGGAAAGAUGGAAAGGCACCCAUUGAUCCAUCAACUCUGGUGAAAGUGGAAGACAUUGAUGCCUACUCCCCGAAGGAUUUGCUUAUUGUCACCACUGGUUCUCAAGCAGAACCACGUGCUGCAUUGAAUCUUGCAUCCCAUGGAAGUAGUCAUUCUCUCAAGUUGAACAAAGAAGAUGUGAUUUUAUAUUCUGCAAAGGUGAUCCCUGGAAAUGAGACUAGAGUAAUGAAAAUGCUAAAUCGCAUAUCAGAAAUUGGAUCAACGAUUGUCAUGGGCAGGAAUGAGCAGCUGCAUACAUCUGGUCAUGCGUAUCGUGAUGAAUUGGAAGAAGUGCUAAAAAUUGUUAAACCGCAACACUUUCUACCCAUCCAUGGAGAACUUGUAUUCCUUAAAGAGCACGAGUUGCUGGGAAAAUCAACUGGCAUUCAUCAUACUGCAGUUAUAAAAAAUGGGGAGAUGCUUGGAGUAUCACAUUUGAGAAACCGAAGGGUUCUAUCAAAUGGUUUCAUUUCCCUGGGGAAAGAGAAUUUGCAGCUGAUGUACAGUGAUGGCGACAAAGCAUUUGGAACAGCUAGUGAACUGUGUGUUGAUGAGAGGAUGAGAAUUGCAUCUGACGGUAUUAUAGUGGUCAGUAUGGAAAUUUUUCGCCCCCAAGCUAUAAAUGGUUCUGUCGAAAUGGCUCUAAAAGGAAAAAUAAGAAUUACCACACGUUGCUUAUGGCUUGACAAAGGAAAACUUUUGGAUGCACUUCAUAAAGCUGCACAUGCUGCACUAUCAAGCUGUCCUGUCAAUUGCCCUCUGGCCCACAUGGAAAGAACUAUUUCUGAAGUUUUGAGAAAGAUGGUCAGAAAGUACAGUAGCAAAAGACCCGAAGUUAUAACUAUUGCUAUUGAAAAUCCAGACGCUGUUCUUGCCGAUGAGAUUAAUGGAAAACUAUCUGGAAAGUCGGAUGUUGGUUUUGGGAUUCCAGCAUUGAGAAAAGCAGUUGAUGGACAUCAAAAGAACAGAAAACUUAAUGGCACACUAGAGGAAGAUGGCAAUGGACUUGCACUAGCGAGAAGUACCACAGAACAAGAAUUACAAGUUCAUGACGUUGACAAUGAGAGACUUCUAGAAGAGGAAGAAACCUCUUCAAGUUCUGAACCAGAAAAAUCUCCCGAUGGUGACAAUUCGGAUGAUUUUUGGAAGUCAUUUGUUGUACCAUCCGUGGUUAAUCAAUCAGAAGGUAACAGCGAUUUACUUCCAGAACAGGAGCAAAACGAGGUGGUCAAAGCGGAAAGCAGUGAACUUGAUUCCAGCACGCCAAAAUCUAGAUUAAAACCCAAGACUGCAAAACGGAACAAAUGGAAACCUGAAGAGGUUAAGAAGCUAAUUGAAUUGCGCGGGGAACUCCACAGCAGAUUUCAAGUUCUCAGGGGACGGAUGGCCCUUUGGGAAGAGAUAUCUUCAAAUUUGUUAUCUAAUGGAAUUACUAGAAGUGCAGGACAAUGCAAAUCUUUGUGGACGUCUCUUAUUCAGAAAUACGAGGAAUGUAAGAAUGAUACGAAAAGUCGAAAGACCUGGCCGUAUUUUGAUGACAUGGACAAGAUUUUAUCGGAUUUGGAGACGACAGUACCUAAAUGA